AUGGAUGUGUUAUUGUGCGCCGUUCCAUCCGCUCCCAGUUCGUCAUUGCUCUCUCACCCGCUCCUCGCACCCACUCCUCUCCCCGCCAAGCUCAGCGCGUUCGUGGAGCUGCAAGGGCGACUCGUGGAGACGGACAGCAAGCUGAAGCAGGUGAGCGUGGGGGCGGGAUGUGCAGGGCAGGUGGCAGAAGCAGGUGGGAUGGAAUGCAGCAGCGAAGGUGGGGGCAUUUGGAAUUGGCUCAGUCUCAUGUCUCUACCUCGCCGCAAUGUUGUCGCUUUUGGGCAGUGCAUGCAGGCCCCGGCCUUGCACACCCCCCGGCAUUUAGCAUGCCAUUCAGACAGGCACUUGGACAUUGCAUCUCUUUCGUCCAGUCAGCAGCAUAUCCGCAUGCUCCCACUGGCUGACCCCAUGACCAGGUUUGUUCUGCAGCCACUAGAAGAGGCGAGGGCAACGGAGGAGGGGAAGAUCAAGGAGGCCGAGGCCACCAUCGCGUCUCUGCAGGGAUCAAAGAAGUAUCUGGAGAAGCAGAUGAGGGAGGUGCAGAGCAACUUCAAGGAGCUCAUGGAGCAACUGCCAGCGUCCAUUCCUGGCCUCACACAAGCCAUCAAUGGCUGA